CGCUCCUCCUCCUCCUCCUCCUCCCUCCUCCGCCCGGGGGUGCGGGGGGCCGCGGGAGCCCGCGGGGCUCCGGACCACGACCUCCCGCCCGCCUUAGGAAGGACGGAGCUGGCGACCAGCUGCAAGAUAACGAAAGAAGUGGCUGACAUUUUCAACGCCCCCAGUGAUGAUGAGGAUUUUCUUGGUUUCCGAGAUGAUGUUCCCAUGGAAACACUGUCAUCAGAGGAUAGCUGGGACAGUUCCGACUCUCUGGAGUCAGGAAAAAAGGAUGUCUGUUUCCGGUCCAAGUACCUCACUGAAGAGCUACGGAGAAUUUUCACGGAAGACACUGACUCAGAGAGUGAAGAUUUUGAAGGGUUUACCCAGAGCGAGCUGGACAGAAAGAGUAACACUGAACUAAUGCUCAUGGAAUCCGGUUUGAGUGAUGAAGACAAUAUAUCUUUGGAAAGCGAUGAGGAAGAAGAGAAGAAGGUCACCCCUAGAAGAAGCAGUUUUGGUCUUCGAGUAGCAUUUCAGUUUCCGUCAAAGAAGUCAGCAAGUAAAUCAGAGGUGAAAAAUAAGUUUCCUGAGCCAUCAUUUUCCAGUUUACGUGUAGAAAACCAUCAGACCCCAACGGUUCUUAGGAGGAAGAAAAGCAGUAGACCCGAGAGAAGGAUGGGCGGAUCUACCUCGGAGUCAGAGUCGGAGGACGUGAGAGAGCGGGCUCAGGAGAACUCCAACGCGCUGCUGAAAAGGGCCAUGAACAUCAAGGAAAACAAAGCCAUGCUUGCUCAGUUACUGGCAGAGUUGAACUCCUUACCAGACCUGUUUCCAGUGCAAACACCAACCACGACUCCGUGCAAAAAGAGAACCCCAAGAAGGACAUUCUCUGAAGGCCCCCUGGAGCGGCGGACUAACCCAGCCCGGAGUGCUCGGCCGCCGGAGAAGUUUGCCUUGGAAAACUUCACCAUGUCGGCGGUUCAGUUUGCCGAACAGUUUAACACGUACCGAAGGCAGAAUCUUCUUAAGAAGAAAUUCAGUGGGGGGAAAGUCCGGGUCCACCGAAAGCGAAGAUGGGCCUCGUUCCGACCGGUGGAAGACAUAACGGAAGAGGAUUUAGAAAACGUGGCAAUUACUGUUAGAGAUAAAAUCUAUGAUAAAGUUUUGGGCAACACGUGUCAUCAGUGUCGACAGAAAACCCUAGACACAAAGACAGUGUGUCGCAACCUCGGCUGUGGGGGCGUGAGGGGGCAGUUCUGUGGGCCAUGUCUCCGCAAUCGCUACGGGGAAGACGUGAGGAAGGCGCUCCUGGACCCGGAUUGGGAGUGUCCUCCGUGCCGUGGGAUCUGCAAUUGCAGUUACUGUCGCAGACGGGACGGCCGCUGUGCUACCGGAAUGCUCAUCCAUUUGGCCAAGUUUUAUGGCUAUAAUAAUGUCAAAGAAUACCUGGAGAGCCUACAGAAGCAGCUGGUAGAAGACAAGUAGGCGGCAAAAGGAUUACAACUUGUUUCACCUUGCAAGUUCAAGAUUUUACAGAUAUUAUUACACCAAUUGGUGUUGGGCCAGCAGGCAGAAUAUACUACUUCAGUGUAUUCUAAUAUUUGUUUCAUUCUAAAUAAUGGUUUAUAGUUUUGCAAAGAUUUCUCAGGAAAACUUCUUAGUAGAGGAAUCUUACAUACCGUAUGUGAGUGUGUAUGAUACUUAAAUAUUACACUCACGGUCACUGUGUUUUGGAAAAAAUGGCUUAUAAAUGAAAGCACAAGAUGGCUUGGGGUUAAUUUUCAGUCAAGAGAGAUUUUAGAGUUGGCGGUCACCGCUCAUCUUAGUUAAAGGGAGAAUCUGUUUGAGUCUUCUGAAAACUUUGAUCACCUCAGGCAUAUAGCUGUUUAUAUAAUGAGGUUGUCUUGUCCUUAUUCACUUCAGCCUGAAGCUGGUGUUCAUUCAGAAACUCACGUUUCUAUGGAACGUCGUCUUUGAGGAGUAACCACGGCCUGCCUGUUUUGACUGUAGUUCCAGUACUACUCCUUUAAAUGCUUGACCAUUUGUAAUCUAAUUUUCGUUUAUUCCGAAGUGCAAUUAACCCAAAAGCUUGUAAGUCCGGGGCUUAAUUUUGAAAGUGUGUUGCCUUUCUUGCUUUUAGAAAAAUACCACCCAACUACCAGCAGCUGGACCCUGUCUGAAACCCUGAGCCUCUGGAGCAUUUUUCAUUAAGAGGAGUUUCUGUAAGGGGAGGGUCUCCUGCUGCUGUUUGAGCCAGCUGUUGGGGGUGGGGGUGUCUUUUUUUAAUUAUUUUUUUAAACCACAGAUGGGAAAAGAAGGUAGAAGAAAACCAUUUCUUUGACUUUCUCAAGAUCUGCAAGAGCAAAUAAAACCCUGCUUAGUGACAGGGAGGCUUUCAGCCAA